AUGGCAUCCAGUUCGGGAGGACAGUUAUGGUCGAUCGCCGUAAGACCGCUUUUGGCUGCUUCCUACUCCUCAUUCAACAAGAAUGAGAUCCCAGAAUUCGCGAAAUGCAUUUGCAACAGUGAGGCCCAGAUCUUGGAGAGUUCAGAAGAGUAUGAGAGUUUCUACUCAUCCCUGGUGGCCUUGUCCUCACAUUACCUGGCCGCGUCUGCCAGUGGAAUUUGUAAAUCCUCUCUGGCCACAGUGACUUCUGCCACUAAGGUGCUGAUGAAAUAUUUAUUGGACAGGCUUCAGUAUUCAAAGUCUGCAACCCUAUCACAGAAAACGAUAAUGAUGUUGAUACAAGGCUUAUGUAUCGGAGAAGGCUGCCUGGUGAAGUCUGACAUCGUGACAUUUGUGGGUCUGUUGAAGGUACCCCAGCUUCCCCCACAAGUAAUGGCUGAGAGUGGAGCCCCAGAAUCAGAAGACGUACCCUCAAAACAGAAGAGACCACGGCUCGACACUGGCAAUAACAUCUUUGACCAGCUGACCGCCGUGUUUAACGAUGCACAGAGUCUGUCCCGUUCCCAUGGCGACACACAGACGGAGACAAUUAACAAAGACGGAGACUUGACCAUCUUACAUGUGGUGGAACCCGGAGAAGAGAUAAAACAGCUGUUUGGCAGGAAGAACUGCGCUAAUCUGAUCAGCCUGCACGGAGCGGACAUCUUGAUUAGCGUUUGUUUGAAGCUGCCAUUUCUGAAGCGCAAUAUCAGUGACUGUGAGCUGGCAUUGUCUGGACGACCUUUGGCCGUCCCGAAGACCCUGUCUGAAGCUCUGACGGCGCGAAACAGUUUUCAAACCCUGCUGAACGAUGUGGCGGUAGUGUGGCGAGCCUUCUCGCUUCCUGUCCUUGAACCUUUGACCUCAGAGAGGCUGGAACAGAUUGUCACCAUCACACUGGGCUGCCUGCAUGCUGCUGUGUGUGCUGCGACUGCUAACACCAUCGUCAACCUGACCAGUCCAAACCCGCUGAAAGCCACAGGCGCAGCUAAAGAUGAGGAGACGGAAUCCAUGGGAGCCAGUUUAGUGGAGAAAGCUCUGAAGAUUUUCAAUUCUGUGAUUACCAGUAUCAAGAAGUCUACCAGAGCUGGUGGAAAUCAAUUGCAGAACGUGCACCUGAUGGCAUGCUGGCUGUUGUUAAGAGGCCUACAGAAAAUCACAGCUGUCAAUCCGUCCACUGUCCUGGAGAGAACUAAGGAGUCCUCCAAACCCAAGUCACAGGAGGCGGGGCAAAGCAAAACCAAGGAGACUAAAGACCCGCCCUCACCCAAGAUGGUGUCUGUCAAAAGCUUCCAAGGGUUUGGUGUGCUCUCUGUCGCCCUGGGCACCCACUGUAUACAGCUCCUGUCCCUGCUGCUUGAGGACUUACAGGUGGAGGGUAGUAUCAUGAAGGAACUAGAACCUCAGAAACGUGGAGUGAAGUUUUCAGUGAAUCAGACGAAUUCCGCUUGGGAGAGAGUGGAGAAACUGACCAGUGGCCUAAACCUGACUGACCUCUUCCUUAAUCUUGUCCUGGUCACUUUUAGGAAGGCCACACUGUUACAUCGCCUGAAGCAGGGCUCAGAGACAUCGGAGAGCAGCGCCACGUCCUCCGACUCUAACACAUACUACGAGGAUGACUUCAGCAGUUCUGAGGAUAGCAGUGAGGAGGACGAUGAGGAUUCAGAGCCUAUCCUGGGCCAUUGGUUUGAGGAGACCUUGUCCCCGUCUACCCCGCACAGUCCCAACACCCCUCCCCCACCCCCACCUGUGCUGGACGAGGGCACUGCCAGCUCUGGGGGCAAGCGUGCCCGGCAGUACAGCGACGGGGGAACAUUUAGCUUCAUACCAGACAAGAGAGAGCCUGAUGGGUUUGUGGGCUUGGCAGCAGAUGUUCUCAACUUCAUGAACACUUACCUGGUGAACGCUCCAUCGCCUGUGGUUCAGAAUCUGCUGAAAUCUGCCCUGACACCCGACCACAUGACAUGCCUAGGACUGGUGAUCCGGGAACUGGAUAAGGAGUGCUCUAGACCAGGGGCAGAGAAAGUCUUCGAUGACCUGUCUGUGGCACUGGCUAAGUUUAACCAUGGCCUAAUCGCGACGCAGAUACUGUCAGACCCCUUACAGGAGAGUCUGUUGAACCAGCUUGGUGUGAGCCCAUCCUCUGUAGACGCCUGGCCCCUGACAGUGUACCCUCGCACCCUGGCUGUUCUGGCGGAGGUGACUCUGCUGAAGCAGCAGAAGGAGCGUGAAAACAAAAUUGUGAAGAGUCAGAGUGAAGCUGCUAUCAUCAGUAUCUGGGUCCGCUUCCUCACUACGCUCAAGAGCGCCGUUCUUAACUUUGACAACAGAACAGAGUUCUUUGAGGAUCUGAAUGUGGAGCACCUACAGCUGUUAGUGUUCUUCUUCCACAGUCUGCCAUUAAUGCAGAAGAAACAGCUUCUGUUACAGCUCUCGCAGAGCAUCUGUGCCGUGGCUGCCAUAGAACCAAGAAAGCUUGAGAACUGCAUCCCUUUGCCGUUGUCACGACUCCUGCUGGUGUUUGACUACUUGCUCAGAAACUUUUACGACCCACCUGGAGCUCUCCUAGAACAUGUUCAGUGGAACUUGUUCAGCAUCCACACAAUGCCUCAUCAAGGGGAGACAACCGAUGGACAAAAGGAAACUCAGUUUUUCGCCUGCCGAGAAGUAGAGGAAAACUUUCGACGAAACCUGACCCCUAAAGAAGCGACUGAAGUUGGCAGUUUCGUGCCCAGGUUUUACAACAUUGGCCCGACAGAUAUGAACACACAGGAAGCACCAAAAAUAGACGGACUGGCUAGCAGUUUUCUGUUGUCUACCAGUGAAUCCCUGAACUAUGAUGAGCUCUACCUGUCAGUGAUAAACUUGCAAAUGGCUGGAGCCAGGUGUGACAAGUCAAAAGAGAAACUUACGCUUUUGGACACGGCCUCUCUACACUACCACAUGCUGAUAACGUGGCGCCUGCUGUCCUGCCUGCCUCCAUCUAUACAGUACCUGCGAUUGCUGGAGUCUGGCACCGUCAAGAUGAGUGAGGGUUGCCUCCAUCACACUCUGCGCUGGGCCCCGCGGCUUGGCCACAAGGCCUUUUCAGGCUGGGCUAAGGACUGCCUGGUGAAGCAGGGACUGACAACUCAACAAGCUGAUGGUCUGAUAUCAGCGGCAAACAAACAGGCCAACAACGUUAUGUACGAUGUCAAACUGGCCAUGAGUUUCCUACAGGGUCAGAUUGCUGUCCUCCCACUGAUUGGUCAGAAUGUGACCCUGCCUCAGAAGGAGUUACCAGGGAUAACGACCAUUACAUUGCUGGAUGCUGUCAUCUCUAAAGUCCAUGUCUCCCUUGAUGAGGCCUUCACCAAAGCCAUGGAGGACACAGACCCAUACACGACGAUGAUCAUCGCAGUUGACUUACUGCCUGCCACAUUUCUCCUGGCCAAAGCCUACGGGCUCUUUGUAAGGUCCUGCCUGCUAAGCCAGGUGCCCCAGAUAGGGGAUGAACCUCCCAGCCCUGAUCAGUUGAAGGCAUUUGGAACCGUGGUCAGUAUCGGUUCUAGCAGAGCAUCACGGGUGUCUGUCCUGGGGGUGGGCAUCAUGUCGUCACUGCCCCUCCCCGUCAGGAGUGUCAUUGAGAAGUGGAACGCCACCGGGGCAGGGAAUGAGUUCCCUAGUAUCGGCAGCUGGAGGAAUGCUUUCGCUAACGACAUCCUACCUGGUGAGAGUUACCUGGAUGCUAUACACAGUGCUCAUAUCGCCACGUUGUCAGGCCAGUCAGAGUUCACUGUGAACACGUCCAUUCGUCACUGCCUGAACUCACUGGUCCGAUUUGCUGCUGAUCUUGUGACCUGGUGUCCAGACAGUGACAGCAGUAAGGAGAUGGUGCGUGUCACCUUCCCCAUGAUCUUUGACGUGACCACCGAGUACCUGGCAGACAUGAUCUCGCUGUCUCUGGAACGUUUUCUGGGACCAAUGGACGGUGAUGAGUUUGGCCAGAAGAUUGUAUGUCCAUGUAAUCUCUACCUGUCAUGGAGCUCAUCACCACCUACUCAACAGCAAACAGGUGAGGGUGGUCUGGAUGAGAAGAUUUUCCUGGACUGUCUAAAGUUUAUGGAAAACCACCUUGAGAAACCAGCUGGGAAGAAAGCUUUUGAGAAAUUCUACACUGAGAGUGGAGAUUUGAGCAGCAUUUUGUUGUCAGCUGCCGCGGAUAACCUGUCCCCAAACUACGGCACCAAGGUCCUCAAGUUCUUCAACAAACUCUUCCAACUUGCUGAGAAGAACCCGAAUGACAAGAGUUACGAGGCUUUGUGUGGGACAUUGAGCUGCCUGGCCACAGUUGACAAGCAGGUGCUGGGCUGCUGGCUCCGCAAGAUGAUAAUGGCACCUAUACAGGGCCUUGACGAUGCGGGAGGCAAAGUGCAAGAGAACCGAUUUCUCCUCCAGAGCCUGACGUCAUACAUCGUGAAGGAAAAGAGCCACGUGGGAGAAGAGGUUUCACAGGCCAUCCUCCGGACCCUCAUCCCCAUGGGUGCUGGACUCCUGACCUCUAUAGGGGACAGCUCGGGAUUUGCGGAGCUUAUGGUUGUCAUGCAUACGUUGGCUGGUGCGGGGAAAGGACACGGCCAUCAAGCUUUGUUCGAGGCUGCUACUGGAUGGCUGGAUAUUUGUAAGACGUACCUGGCUGAACACAAGGGUGAGGAGGCAUCCAAGGAUAACGUCAAGCACCAGGCCAUGUUUGAAGCUGUGUGUUACCUUCUGUCUUACAUUGGAGAAAUCUUGGCGGCCAUUAAACAGAUGUCCGAAAGAAGCGGCAGUACCUCACCCCCCAUGGACUGUGAGCUUCCUCCCACACAGGAGACAGACAGUGACUGGGCAGAAGACUUGGCCCCAGAUGAUGAUGACUCGGCCGCAGAGGACUCAGAUGAGGAAUCUCUGAACAGCAAACUUUGUACAUUUACCAUCACACAGAAGGAAUUCAUGAACCAGCAUUGGUAUCAUUGUCACACCUGUAAGAUGGUGGAUGGUGUAGGUGUGUGCACUAUCUGUGCUAAGGUGUGCCACAAGGACCACGAUCUGACAUACGCCAAGUUUGGAUCCUUCUUCUGUGACUGUGGGGCGAAGGAAGACGGCUCUUGUCAGGCCCUAGUAAAGCGCAGUUCCCAGAGUUGCCUGAACUCCAGUGGCCACGGGGCAACGCCCUCCCCUUUCUCGAUGGCCUCUGUGUUGCCCAGCUCCCUCAGACGGAGACUCUCCUCCCCUCUCCCUGCGGAAAAGUCCCAUGAGAACAAGUCCCCAGAGCAGGGCUCCCGCAGCCGGGAAAUCCUCUGUAAGCAGAUUGAGCCUUUCAAAGACACCCUACUCAAGCACAUGGAGAAAUCCAAUACAAUUAAAGUUGUACUGGACCUACUUCAAACAAUUUUACCUUCAGUAGUGGAGAGUUACCAGAAGGAUUCGCCAAUGGGUACGACCGCAAGGGCACAGAAGGCACUGGACGACCUACACAGUCUGCCCAAAUCUACGGAGACCACUGAUCAGCUCAUGACUGUUACUCUGGGGUCACAAGAGGGAGCGUUUGAAAAUGUGAGGAUGAACUACAGCGGAGAUCAAGGGCAGACAAUCCGUCAGCUCAUCACCGCUCACAUGCUGCGUCGUGUGGCCAUGUGCGUCCUGGCAUCCCCCCACGGGAAGCGCCAACACCUGGCCGUGAGCCAUGAGAAGGGGAAACUGACCAUCCUGCAGUUAUCUGCCCUUCUUAAACAGGCAGACUCCAGCAAGAAAAAGCUCACACUGACGAGAUUGUCCUCUGCCCCGAUCCCAUUCACAGUGCUGUCCAUCACCGGUAACCCGUGUAACGAGGACUUCCUGGCCGUUUGUGGGCUUAAGGACUGUCACGUGCUGACAUUCACCAGUUCAGGAGCUGUGGCCAACCACAUGGUGUUACAGCCGGCCCUCUCUACAGGCAACUUCAUCAUCAAGACUAUAUGGUUACCAGGAUCCCAGACAGAGCUGGCCAUUGUCACCGCAGAUUUUGUCAAGAUCUACGACCUCAGCACAGAUGCCAUCAGCCCGCAAUACUACUUCCUGUUGCCGAGCGGCAAGGUCAGGGAUGCGACCUUUGUCUUCUCUGAGGAAGGUCGUAGCCUCGUUCUGAUGUCGUCUGCUGGGUACGUCUAUGCCCAGCCAAUGGAAGAGGCGUCCAGUGCUCAGCAUGGGCCAUUCUACAUCACCAAUGUGCUGGAGGUCAAACAUGCAGAUGUCAAGGACACGAAUGGUCAGAUAUGUGGAGGAGGCGUGUCUGUACAUUACUCCCAUACCUUACAGCUUCUCUUCUUUAGCUUCUCUCAAGGAAAGAGUUUCGUGGCUACAAUAACGAAGGACCUGACAAUGUGUUCAAAUCUUUUCCCUCUGGUCUUUAAGAGUUCCAAUGGUGGGAACAAGGGGAGUAACUCUGGCAGUACUAACACUCAGCCACUGGUGCAGUGGUCAGAGGUGUUGGGUCACCCAGGGCUGGUGUAUUGUAUGACUCAGUCCUCCAACAACCCUGUGGUCCUUAUGAUCCGACCAGAUACUAUCUGUAUACAGGAGGUCAAGGUCAUACCAGCCAAGGCCAAGAUUCAGGAUGUUGUGGCAAUCAGACAUGUGGCUUCUAAUUCAGACCAGCAACAGCGUACAACUAUGAUCGUAUUGUGUGAGGAUGGCAGCCUGAGAAUCUACAUGGCUAAUGUGGACAAGACGGGCUACUGGCUCUCCCCGUACCUACAACCUCAGAGUGCCAUUCAAGUGCUGAAACCAGCAAAGAAGAAGAAAGUCUCCAAGUCAGGUCGGCAGGGCAGAGCUGUGAGUUUUCCCAUGGACUUCUUCGAGCACUGUCAACAAACAAACGAUGUGGAGUUUGGAGGUAAUGAUGUUCUCCAGGUGUACAACACUCAGCAGAUCAAACACCGGCUGAACACCACGGGCAUGUACAUCGCCUGUACUAAGCCGUCUGGUUUCUCCAUUGACAUCCUGAACACUAACAGUUCCACCGUGAUGGUCGGGGUAAGGGUGCUGGUGGGCAGUCAGAGCCUGGAAAGAGUACCCUUGUACCUGGAAGUCUUCAACAGGACGACACAUGUGAAUGUGAACCGCGCCCGCUGGUACGACCUGCCCUUCACCAGAGAGGAGUCCCUCACAGCUGACAAGAAGCUCACGCUCUUCAUUGGAGCGAGUGUCGACCUGGCAGGCGUGACGCUCAUAGACUCCAUCAAGGUCUACGUCAAGUCUAAGGAGUCGUUUGGUUGGCCAGAAGAGACGGAGGAGUUCACAGAGAACGCUGUGACAGCGGCGUCUAAAGUACCGAUGUCAGGAGCGCUACAGCCAGCUGACACAGAGUGCAGCACACUCACGCCCCUGCCGUUAACAUCCACUGAUAGGCUAUUGGCCAGUGCCCUUGAAGUGUUGGACGGAGCCUUUGCUUCCAAUCAACCCGAAGAAAAGCCCCCAUGUGCGAAGACUGCCCUUGACCUGGCCACAGAGCUGCUGACUUUACCCACACCCACCAGUGUACAACAACACACCAAGUCAUUGCUUAGCUCCCUUUACUCCAACAAGACGGCCUACCACAGCCACAAGGACCAGUCUCAGCUGUGUCAUGUGAUGCAGUGCCUCUCUCAGGACGGUGGUCACCUGGAUGUGGAGGGCUUCCAGAGGCUGGUGGUCACUGCGCGGUCAGUGGCUGUGGCCAGGCCCAACAAUCUGGUCCGGUACACGGAGAAGCCUGUUGUCAGUACACCAGACUCUGGCACAGCUCAUGAGAUCACUGACAAAGACAGUAAGGGCGUGGCCUCAAAGACUGUGGAGCCUGACUCUCAACACUUCAUCAGCCGUCUGGCGAACACGUUCUGGAGACUUCAUGAGAUCAAACCUGCUAACCCCAUGUUGGCACCUGUCUGUUUGCCAGGGUUGGGUCACAUUGAAGCUACUGUAGGAGCGAUGGUGGAGACCAUUCAUGCCUUCACUCUGUGUGACCUUGACAACGUGCCCUUGGCAACCAAGCAUUACAUCAGACUGCUUCUGUGUCCAGACCCAGCAGUAAGUUUCUCCUGCAAGCAGGCCAUGAUCAGAGCGCUACGACCCAACCACAGGAGACGACGAGUCUUUAUUCCUUCGCCCCCCAGGUGUAGCUCCCCGGGUGGCGCUGGUGGUGAGGAUGAUGACGAUGAUGAUGACGACAGGGGAGACAAAUCUCAGUCUGACAACACCCCAUCUCUCAGCGGCCCUCCUCCGGACCUGCUACAGGUGGAGGCAGAUCAAGACUCGGACCAGUAUGAAGUCGUGGAGAACAACCAUGAGCCCAUGGUACUGGAACCUUCUGACCAGAACCACCAGGGCAACCCCAUACCCCUGGAGGAGCUCCUUAACGCCGGUGGGAACUUCCCUCCCAUGGUGGACAUCCCCCCAGAUGCAGAUGACGAGACCAUGGUGGAGCUGGCUAUAGCGCUCAGUCUACAAGAUCAGUCAGGGCAUGAAGGAGGCCCCCUGAGUUUACAGGACUUGGCUCUGGCUGGUCCAGGACAGCUGUUCCCUAACUCACAGAGUGCUGCAUCGUUUGAGGGCGGUCACUUGUCAGACACCACGGCAUCAGCGCCCGGCAGUGAUGAUGAGGUCGGGAGUAACGCAGCCACGGACGGCUCCACCCUGCGGACAUCCCCAGCAGAGCAGGCAGGCAGUGCUGGGUCGGAGAGCGGCGGCAGUGUGGUGGACUCUGUGUCAAUGAGUGGCAGAAGUAGUGUGUAUGGGGACACCGCACCUGAGGGCCCUACCAUGGGAGCCCGCAGUGAGACCAGCAGUGUGGGAGUGCCCAGUAGUGGCCUACAGCCUGAGGGAGACGGCUCUGAGGGAGACACAGACCGGGAUGCUAAUUACAGGCUUCAUUCCCUGAGACUGUUAUUACUGGAGAAGUUGUUACAGUGCCUACCUGAUAUCAGAGAAGUGGGCGGAGUCAGGGCUAUUCCAUACCUACAGGUCGUGUUGAUGUUGACCUCUGACCUGGAUGGGGAUGAAGACAAGGACAAAGCUGCCCUUGACAAUCUGCUUACACAAGUGCUGGGACAGUUGGACAUCUCUGGCAAGGACUUGACGGCCGUGUCAGAGCGCAGCCCUCACCAUGAGGUGAAGCUUGUCCUAUUGAGAUUCCUCAGCGUCCUUUUGUCAAGGACCAAGGCUGGCACAAAACCCUCCAAUGAGUGCUCGUCGUUCCUGAGUAAGCACACGGCAGGUGCUCUGGUGACCACAGGUGUGGUGGAUUACUGUCUGCACGUCCUCGUCCACCUGCUGCCUUACUGGAAACAGUGUCCAGCCACGGAGGAGGAGAGUAUGGUGACCCCUCAACUGCUUAGGCCCCACCCGACCACUCCACCCCCCGACAUGUCCCCAUUCUUCCUGAGGCAGUACGUGAAGGGUCAUGCCAAUGAUGUGUUUGAGGACUACCCCCAGCUGCUGACAGAGAUGGUACUAAGGUUGCCAUACCAGAUGAAGAAGAUAUCAGACUCUGCCCCUAACAUGCCCAGUACAGUGUUCGAUCAAGUCUGGUUCAACAUUCUCUCUGAGUACAUGAUGACUCGGCAGACUCCAUUCGUGAAGAGACAAGUUCGUAAGCUGCUGCUGUUUAUCUGUGGAACAAAGGAGAAGUACCGUCAACUGAGAGAUCUCCAUGCCCUGGAAAAUCACCUCAAGUCUGUCAUUGAGAUCUGUGACAAGAUUGGGUUUGACACGGUGCAGAGUUUGCCGGCCGUUACCCUGCCCUAUGACACAUUGCUUACACUGAUCGAGCACCUGAAGGCCUGUGCUGAGAUAGCCAGCACUCGUGCCAUCAACUGGCAGAUGUUUUGUCAAAAGGAUGAAGCUGUGCUGCCGUUCCUGAUUCGGGCAAGCAUCGCUCUGGACGAGGGAGUUGCACCCGUACUUCUCCAGCUGUUACAGUGUGCCCUGUGUGGGGGGGUCCAUAGUGUGGAACAGCCACCAGCUUCCUCAACAGCCUCGCCAUCCAAACAGAAGAAAAGUCGUGAGUCUGAGAAAGAGGUCCCCAAAAACGAAGACUGUGACGAGGGCCUGAAGUAUGAUGAGGCUCUGUGCGGGGCCCUGGUACAUCAGCUCAGCAAGGUACUGGACCGUGACUUGAUGACACGCUUCAUCCGUGCCUUCCUUCUCGAGUCCAACUCCACAAACAUCCGCUGGCAGGGACAGUCACUUAUACUACAUAUACACAGGAACUCUGGCAGUAGUCAGCAGGAGAUGUUGCUGGACCUGAUGUGGCAGUUGUGGAGAGAGCUGCCACAGCAUGGACGAAAAGCCGCACAGUUUGUGGAUCUCCUUGGCUACUUCAUGCUGAAGACACAAGACAGCUCAGAGAAAAAGACAAAGGAGUACCUCCAAAAGGCUGUCAAACUUCUGGAGCAAGAAAAUCAGGUGUUAGCCAAUCAUCCCAACGCUACCAUCUACAACAUGUUACAAGGCCUGGUGGAUUUUGGUGGGUACUACCUGGAGAGUGACCCCUGCCUGGUCUGUAACAACCCUGAGGUCCCGUAUGCGAAUCUGAAACUGUCUGCCAUCAAAGAUGACUCCAAGUUUACAACAACAACACAGAUUGUCAAGCUUGUGGGAAGUCACGUGGUAUCAAAGAUAUCUGCUCGGGUCAGCGAUUUGAAACGUACCAAGAUGGUACGUGUGAUGAACAUCUACUACAACAAUCGUAGUGUCCAAGGUGUGGUGGAACUGAAAAACAGGCCUGGUCUUUGGCACAAAGCCAGAAAAGUGACUUUAACAGCUGGACAGACAGACGUGCGGGUGGAGUUUCCCAUCCCCAUAGUGGCGUGUAACCUCAUGAUAGAGUAUGCAGAUUUCUAUGACAACGUCCAGGCAACCUCAGAGACCCUGCAGUGCCCACGUUGUAGUGCCUCAGUGCCUGCAAACCCAGGGGUCUGUGGAAACUGCGGGGAAAAUGUGUUCCAAUGUCACAAAUGCAGGUCUAUAAACUAUGAUGAGAAAGACCCAUUCCUGUGCAACGCAUGUGGUUUCUGUAAAUAUGCCAAAUUUGACUUCACGCUGAAUGCCAAACCCUGCUGUGCUGUUGACCCCAUUGAGAAUGAAGAUGACAGGAAAAAGGCGAUCUCAACAAUCAACACCCUGUUGGAGCGAGCUGACAAGAUUUACAAGCAACUGCAGAUGCACCGACCGGCGCUGGAGAGCCUGAUGGUGCAGGUGACAGAGAGUGGCGGGGAGCGACCAGCCGUGAGUAGAGUGCGAUUCACAAAUGAGGCAGGACGCCUGAUGGAGCUGCACUGUCUCUUAUCACCGGAUGACAUAGGCGGUAAUGUGGCAGGGAGCAGUGUCAACCGUGGGAUUCAGUUCCUGGCCCAAAAGUACUGCGUGGAGGCAAAGGCUUCGUAUGCGGAGCUCAGCAAAAUCAUACAGAAAGUUCUGGCAUGCCGUAAGGAGCUAGUGGACUAUGACAGACAGCAGCAGAAAGCUGCAGCUGGGGCAGCCAUGAUGCGCUCAGUCUCAUUGGAGGAAACACAGGUCGUUGAGGUCACCCCCCCUAAACCCAAAUCUGACAACAAGGAGGAAAGCCUGUUGAAGCCCAGUAACUGUUACGGCUGCGCCAGUGCUGCGGUAGAACAUUGCAUCACCAUGCUAAAGGCCCUGGCGACCAACUACAAUAUCCGCCACAUUCUCUGUAGUCAGGGCAUGAUACAAGAGCUGAUAGACUACAACCUGCGUCGUGGAACGCUACACGUGCGAAGCGAGGUCCGAUCCCUGUUGUGCCUGCUGACACAGGACAACCGCCGAGCUACAGAGGACAUGAACCACCUACUGAUGACCAGGAUUGCUGCGGCUAUGAAGAGUCACUUGUCCAACCCGGAUCUGGGCACAGCUGUGAGACACGAGAUGUUCCUGUUGGCCGAGUCUGUUCAGAAGGAGGAUAGCUGCUGGGAACAAAGGGUCAGAUCAGUUGUUCGCCUGUUCUUGCUGGGAGUAGAACUGAAGAGCCCCAUCGUCAUGGACAGCAUCACAUUGCCAUGCCUACGGAUUCUCCAACAUCUCGUCAAUCCGGAUGCUGCAAAGAAACACAAGCCUGACAAAGCCACUGAGGUGGUGGGUCGCAAUCUGAAGUGUCUGCCAGGAGAACUCCAUGUGAGUGGUGGGAAAUGGCUGGCAGGGGAUCCCAAACACAGCUACAAGGCCUGGAGACAGAAGCUACCUGGUAAAGGUACUGACCCUAUGCCUAUUCCGACUCCCACCCCAGCCACACCCACACAGAAGACGAAGGCUGAGGAGCGUAAGGAAAUCCGGGAGAAAUACCUGGAGGAGAAGUUUGGGUACCGCUGGAUCCACAAGAUGUGGAAGACGCCGGCGGUUCAGGUGCGACUGUCUAAGAGCUCCUGGUUACGACAGGCGCUGUUUUCACCCUCAUCAAGGUCGGCUCGUCAAACGGCCUGCAGUAUCAUUGAGGCCAUCUGCAAUGUGACCAGCCGCAAACAAGAGAUGGUCAACCUGCUCACAAGUUACCUGGAUGACAUUGGGAAGAGUGGGGAGUAUGCGGCAGAGUUCCUGGCCUUGUUUAAGCGGCUGAUUGCCCCAGUACACUGGAAGUAUUACCUGGCCCUGAGGGGUAUUCUAUUACAUCUAGGGGAUCUGAUUACACAGGAAGUGGACCACCUACAGAAGUUAGAAGACAGCACCCUGAACUCUGACCUGACUCAAGGCUUUGCCCUCAAGUCUCUGACAGAGUUGUUGGCGACAUUUGUUGAGCAGGAGAGUAUCAAGCAGCACUACAAGAACAAGCUGGUGGGUUAUGUCCUGAACGGCUACCUGUCACUGCGGAAGCUGGUGGUCCAGAGGACCAAGUUGAUCGAUGAGACACAGGACAAACUGCUGGAGCUGCUGGAAGAGCUCACCACAGGCACAGAGUCCGAGACCCAAGAGUUCAUGUCUGUGUGCAUCAAGACAGUGAAGAAGUACCCCCUGGAAGACUACAGAUCCCCUGUCUUCAUAUUUGAGAGGCUCUGUAGUAUCAUAUACCCAGAGGAGAAUGACAUCGGAGAGUUUUUCAUGAUACUGGAGAAGGAUCCGCAACAGGAGGACUUCCUGCAGGGGAGGAUGCUGGGUAAUCCAUACAGCUCAAGCGAACCAGGCCUCGGACCUCUCAUGAGAGAUGUCAAGAACAAAAUCUGUCAAGAUUGUGAGCUGGUGGCACUGUUAGAGGAUGAUACUGGGAUGGAGUUAUUGGUGAACAAGAAAAUCAUCAGUCUUGACCUUCCUGUUAAAGAGGUCUACAAGAAGAUCUGGGCUCCGGAACAUGGAGAGGGAGAACCAAUGCCAAUCAUCUACAGAAUGAGGGGUUUACUGGGAGAUGCCACAGAGGACAUGGUUAACUCCCUUGACAGCAGUACAGAAGAGGACGUGGAUAAAGAAGAAGUGUACAAGAUGGCUGCUGUGCUCAGUGAGUGUGGUGGCCUUCAGGUCAUGUUACAGAGACUCUAUGCUGUCCAUGACCUGGUGUUGGGUAAACAGCUAAUGACAGUCCUUCUGAAGUUAUUCAGCUAUGCCGUAAAUGUCAAGGUCAAUCGCCAGGAGCUGAUAAAACCAAAUCUAAAUACAGUGGCCAUUAUGCUACGAGCUUUAAACAUCGCUCUGCUGGCUGAACAGGAAGGCAGUGGUGCCCCCGGCACUCAGGGGCAGACAAUCACUGAGCAGAUACUACAAAUUAUGGAGGUCAUUCUGCUGGAAGCCAGUAGUCAGAACCCUGACCAGUACAAGGAGUUCUCACGUCACUUUGGAGACAAGGAUCAGUUGAUGAUGUUACUGGAGCGAAUAAACAGCCCGUUUGUGCGUGGAAACGCAACUGUUCUACAGGCCCUCAUGAGGCUGAUACCCUUUAUCGCCUUUGGGGAGGAGGAGAUGAUGUCCACACUUGUCAAUCACUUCAAACCUUACCUGGACUUUAACAAAUUUGACCUGGAGCACAGCCAAGAUGAACAGGUUCACCUGGACUGUUUCUGUGUGAUAGCCAGUGGCAUUGAGCACAAUGCUAAUGGUCAGAGGCUGAAGGACAUGAUAUUGGACAGGGGUAUUGUUCAGCUGGCCCUGGAUUACAUUAAACAACACGCACCACCUGUCAAGACUCUUCUGGCGACAGAUUCUGAGGACUGGAAGGAGUUUGUGAGCAAAUCAGCUCUGAGAUUUGUCCUGCGUCUACUGACUGGUCUGUGUUCUGGACAUGCCAAAACACAGGAGCUGGUGGGUUCUGACUGCCUGUCUAUUCUACACAAACUGGAGCAGGUGUCGUCCGAUGAACAUGUAGGCAGUCUGGCAGAGAACCUAUUGGAGGCUCUCAAGGAGAAUAAGGCUGUCACUGCCAAGAUAGAGGACAUUCGACAGCAGACCAAAGCGGAGAAGAAAAGGCUGGCCAUGGCAGUCAGGAAAAAACAGCUAGGAGCUCUGGGAAUGACGACAAAUGACAAGGGUCAGGUGACUGUCACCAGCUCUGUGCUGAAACAGAUGGAAGAUCUCAAGGAGGAGACAGGACUGACCUGUUGUAUCUGUAGAGAGGGUUACAGAUACCAGCCACAAAAGGUGUUAGGGAUCUAUACGUUCACAAAGCGUGUGCCCCUGGAGGAGUUUGAGACUAAACAACGCAAAAGUCAGGGCUACUCCACAGUGUCACACUUCAACCUGGUCCACGUGGACUGCCACAUGGCUGCUGUCAGACAUGCCCGGGGCCGUGAGGAGUGGGAGAGUGCCGCCCUGCAGAAUGCCAGCACCAAGUGUAAUGGUCUGUUACCCCUCUGGGGUCCACAGGUGCAAGAGUCAGCGUUUGCUACGUGUCUGGCCAGACAUAACACCUACCUACAGGAGUGCACAGGUGUGAGGGACGCCAGCUACACCUUCACCGUUCAUGACCUGAAGAUGCUGAUCUGGCGCUUUGCUGAGGAGCGAUCAUUUAGCGAGGACAGUGGGGGUGGGGGCAGACAGAGCAAUAUCUUCCUCAUACCUUACCUGGCCCACAUGGCACUAUAUGUCAUCAACACAACAAGAACAGGUCCUAGAGAGGAGAAAAACAUUGCCACGUUCCUGGAGGCACCCACAGAGAAGUGGCUGGAGAACUGUUUUGAGGUGGAGAGUCCUAUGUACUGGACAGCCAUGUGCGUCUUGAUCAUCCCGUAUGACAAGUGGAAGGAGAUCCGGGUCAAGCUCCUCAAACGUCUUCUCCUACAGGCACAUGCUCGGAAAGUUUGUCCCACCGGGGCCAAAACCCUUGCUGACAAAGAGCUGAAGGAAUUCAGUGAUUAUAAACAGAUGCUGGUGUUCUUUGGGGUCAUCAACUGUUUGUACGAGAAGUCUCUUAGGAAGGUAACGGUUGCCGCAGACAGCAGCUGGCCGCAGAGUCUGGCUGACUACAUCAGGAAUAACGAUCGCACACUGAUGGAGGCUGGGGACAAGAUCCUCUCAGCCUAUGAGGAGGAACUUCUACCGUGCGAGUCCUUCGCAGAGUUUGCUGAUGUCACAGGUUUGUUGGAGGAGAUUCCACACCGGAUGCAUUUGUUCAGCGAGCUCCUGGCGUCCUGUGCCGUAGAUAACCCGCCUCAUACACAUUAAUGAGCGACUUUCUGGCAUCUUGUUCCAUAGACAAUCCUGACAUUUAGUUCAAGCUAAUUUAAGAUGCUUUGCUACAGUUUUUAGGGCUGUUUUAAAAUGGGAUUAUUUUUGAAAUUGCACUCUGUGUUUUGGUAUCAGUUUUAUGUGUGUCUGUGUGGUUAACAAAAAAUAUCUGAAGCUUAUACCAGAAGCUUUCAACUUGUUAAAGUUUAUCUUAGGAAAUUUUAUAUGUUUCAGUGUUGGAUAAUUUCUUAUUGAAAAACAUUGGACAAGAAAAAAAUAUGGAUGAUAAUGAGAACCUGAAAUAAUAUUUGAAUUUUAGUUCUCUUUUUGCAAAUCUAUCCAAAACUUUGCUGUGUUCGUUUAUUUUUUUUUUCUUAUUUGAAGCUUUAAUGCAUAUAGCAAGUAAUAAUUUAGUUUUUGUUUCUGACAAGCUUGUAAGCUGUUUUUCUCAGUAAAUGUGCAGCCAUUAUGACAGAGAUGUUAAAGUGUGUACCUCUAAGGUAAAGUUGGCAUUCUAUGAAAGUGUGCGAUAGUCCUAAUUGACUUCGAGUUUCUCAGACUGGGUUCAAUGUUACAUGCUUAAGAAAGAACCUGUGAUGCUCUAAGUAUUGUGAGCCUAAAACAGGAUAAUAAAUGUCACAUCCUUAAAUAAUAAAGUGUGAUAGAUUGUUUGAAUACAUGUACGGCCUGUACCUGAAUAUGUCAGACCUGUAAGGAAAUGUUCUGCUUCAAAUACUGUCAGUCCAAUUGACCCCACCAGCCCAGGAAUGCUAACUGGUUUCAAAAUGUUCUUUGAUGCUAUUUGGCACUUCAGCUAGCUGUACCUGUUUGCAGAAGUAUUUCAAGUGAGAUAUAUGCUAUGAUUGGGUGGCAAGGCUGUUGUAUUUUGUUACCUCGGUAUUAUACUUGCGUACUGUGAAAUGCAAUGUGGCAUUAAUUGAUUAGGAGGUAUUUCCAGCUUGCUAUAGUACUUGGUGUUUAUCUGUGAAAAAGGGGUGGAGUUAUCUGUCCCAGAUCAGUGAUAGUUGUUGUACUGUACAUUGGAUGAACAUUUGCUUUGCAGAUGGCAAAUUGUCACGUAACAUCCUCAGCUCUAAAUCCCUGUUUCAAUCCACUGUAAAUCUGUCAGUCAUGUUCCUUGAAACUUAACCACCUCUUCAAAAUAAGCAGAGGUGUAUUUUAUAGGGUUGAUGAUGGUAUAAAUACAGUAAUACUAAAAUGUACUA